AUGCAAAUUAAAAGUGCGCUUUUGUUUAUGCUGGUAGUUCAAUCAUGGCAAUCGGAAGAAAAUGCUUGUGUUUGUGGUCAUUUAAGCAAUUAGGAAUAGUGUGCAAAGUCAUCGAUUUGUUAAUGGGAUGGCAAUGUUUGUGUAUUGAAAGAGGCCUCCUAUAUUACAACAUAAAGUUAAUUGGAUCCUUCAAACUGUAAAAUAUAUCCCUAAGAGAAGUGCAAUACGUUAGAAAAAUGUGGAUUUUACCUAAAUAUGUGUACUGAAUUUAAGGAUUGCGGCGUAUUUUAGAAAGAUUAGUGUUCUGAAUCUUCCUAUCGAUGUGUGAGUGAUGGGGAGAAAUGUGUAGAAGUAAAAGAAUGCGAAGACUAUUUGACUAAUGUAGCAUGUUAAAAUAAGAACAUACACGGUAAAUAUUGCAGUUGGGGCAUAUCAAUUACACCCAAUUGUCAGGAAAUUAAAGAUUGUACCUUUUUGCCUGAAUACUUUAAAUCGGACUAGGAAUGCAGGGAAGCUCUUUCAUAUUGUACAGUAAGCAAAAAGUCUUAAGGAUGUCAAGAGAGUGGGGAAAAUUGUGUAGAUCACUAGAACGAAAAUUAAUGUAUAACUAAUAGAUCUCAAACAACAAAAUGCUAUUGGGAUACAAUAACUUUAUUAUGCAAAGAGCUCAAGUGCGAAAAUAUCACGGGAUAUACAGAUGAGAGUUGUAAGAAGAUUUUGCCUGAAUGUACUACAAAUGGGAAAACGUGUACUGAGAGAAAACAAUGCGAAGAUGCCUAAAGUAUUGAGGGAUGUAUCACGGACGAAAAAAAUAAUAAAUGUGCAUAUUAUAAUAAGGCUUGUAUGAUUAAGACUUGUUCUACUGCCUCUUCGUAAUAUUCAAACUAUUAUCUUUGUUAAGGAUAUGACGAUAAAUUAGAUUGUGUAAGUGUCAAAGGAGGAGGUUGUAAGAAGAGACCUACUGCAUGUGAAGAUUUUGAACAGCAAAUCGAUUGUGAUUUAUAGGUGUCUCUGGGUUGUAUCUGGUAUGGAGAUUAAUGUUUGGUUAAAGAAUGUUAGUAUGCUCCUUCAAAAUACAAUUAAAGUGAAUGCAAGACAUUUGGAUAAUGCAUUGGGAAAACAGGAGGUGGUUGUCAAGAUUGGCCAGAAACAUGCGAUUUGAUAUUAGAAUAGGAAUUUUGUGAGUUUGAUAAGGAAGGAAAUUGGUGCAGAUGGUCUGAUGGUAAGUGCUUAUAACUAAUUUGUACUAAUUUCAAAUAUCCAAAUUACGAUUCUCAUUCGAAAUGCCAACUCUUAAGUAAGAAAUGUACAUACAGUGCUCAAUUUGGAAGUUGCGUAGACUAUUUAUGUGAAACAGUUACUGAUGAUAUGCCUUGUGUAAAGGAUUAUAAUAACAAUAAAUGCAUUAAGAGAUUUGGAUGUACAGAAAAACAAUGUUCAAAAGCUCCAGCUACAUUGAAUACAAACCUUUUGUGUGAGGGUUGGUUAGCAAAUUGCACAGUGAAUAUAUUGGUAUUUGGAUCAGUCAAAUCCAUCAGAGGUUGCACAAAGAAGAAAGCAUAAUGCAAUGAUUAUUUUGACUAAUAAUGUUUUACAACUAAUACUGGCGAGAAAUGUAAAUGGUCAUCCAAUAAAUGUAUUCCUAAAUCAUGUUCUGAUGCCGAUAUAACACUUGUUACAAAUGAAGAUUGCUUAAAAUAUAAACCUUAAGGAGCAGCAGUUCCCUGUAUUUUAAAAGUUGCUGGGGCUGGCUGUUAAGAUUGGCCUACAGUUUGCAGCAGUUUAGGGAAUGAGGUUCAAUGUAAUUACGGAUUGUAUAAUGGCACAACAUGUUAUUGGAACGGUAGAGCAUGUAAGGACAGAUCUUGCAGUAAUGCUAUAGACACUGUCAACUCAAAUAUCCUGUGUGUUCAAUUUAAUCCUAUUUGCAUAUUAGAUUCAGAUUAACUUGGCUGCAAACUUAGACCCAGCAACUUACUUUGUUCUGAUGCCCCUGAUUCCCCACUAUAUGAUUCCCAUGAUAAAUGUUUUGCAUGGUAUAAUAAAUGCACUGUUUAACCAGUCGUAGGUUGCUAUUAAAAAUAAACCUCAUGUUCUAAUUAUUUAAUCAAUUAAUGUAAUUAUACCAUAACAGGAUAAAAAUGUAAAUGGGUGUCUGGUUCAUGUGCUUCUUUGAAUUGUGAAUUGAAGGUAGAUACAGUUACACUAUACCAUAGUGCUUGCGAGGCCUAUGAUAUUAAUUGCACAGUCAAGACACCAACUACUUGUAUACCAUUAAAAUCAAAUUGUUCUCAAUAUGUUGAGGAAUAAUCUUGUGUUAUCAAUUCAACUUACGAAAAAUGUAAAUGGAAUAUAUCAUCUCAAACAUGUUCUGAUUACACUUGUGAGAUGAAUACAACUGCAACUACUGAAUCCUAGUGUUUCGCAAUGAGAUAAGGGUUUAAAUGCCAAUUUAAAAUGAAUUCGGAUGGUUCUUUUGGUCCUGGCUGCGAAACUAGAAAGACUAGUUGCAGUGGGCUAUCGUCAGCAAUUUGUAAUAAAACAGUCCUAUAAGACGGGUCUAAAUGCUAUUAUUAUUCUUCCUCUUGCACAGUCUUGGGUAGUGAAAACUGCAGUGCAAUUCAAACAGGGGGGUACUAUUAACACCAUAUUUGUUUAUAUUAUGCUUCUUAUUGCUUAGGGGAUAUAUCAGGAGCGUAUGAUAAAUGUUAGCAUAAAUACAAUUGUGCAUCCUUUAGUUCUACACUAUGCAAUUAUAUAAUAGCAAAUUAUGACGAAUGUAUGAUAGACCCAUACUAUUACAAUUGUCGAGAUAAAUUGAAUUGUUCAAGUUAUCCACAAAACUAAUGCGGUUAUACUCUUAAUUAUGUAAGUUGUGUUUGGCUCUCCUCUAGCUAUUAUUGUGCAACAUCAAGUUGUUCUGGUAUUACAUCAAGCACAGACUCCAAUUGCCAAAGUAUGUCGGCCAUGUGCAGGUAUCCUGGCACUGGAUCAUAUUGUAGUUAUGUAUAUUAUUGCUCUGAUGUUUAAACAAGAGUCAGCAAUUGUGCAUAUACUGUAACCUAUUAUGGUGAGAGAUGCUAUUACGAUGGUUCCAAAUGCCUAACUCGAGAAUGCCCUUACAUAACUUCUCCAACCACUAAUUACGACUGCUAUAAAUGGAGGAGGAAUUGCACCAAAUAACCUGGUUAUUCAUUCUGUGUUGCUACCGCUUGUCAUGAAUAUACUGAUAUCUAUUAAUGUCUUAAGAACAGCUGUUAUUAUUAAUAUGGUUAUGGUUGCACUACAUACAUCAAUUGUAAAUACAACUCUACUGCAGUCAGGAAUUAUGAUUGUGAACUAUUAAGUCCCAUUUGCAAACUGAAUUAUAGAAAUGGACAGGGUUGUGAAUUUAGAUCUUGUUAUGAUAUUACAAGUUCAUCAAUUUGUGACGGUGCCCGUAAUUUUCAUUGGGUGUAUUGUAAAUAUGUUUCAGGUUGUGUAAAUAUGACUUGCAGUUAAAUUACCAGUUAAUCCAUAUGUGAAAGUGCGUAUGGCUAUUUUAACACAGCAGAAACAUACGUGGCUAAAUGCUAUUGGUGUGACAGUAUGUGUUCCUACUCUAAGACCUGUGCAUUAGGCUCAACGCAACUCCCAGUAUCACAUGCUGAGUGUCAAUAUUUGGAUCCCACAAAAACCAUCGCCUCAGAUACGUAUAAAUGCACUUUAAAAUUCAAUAAUUGCAGCGAUUAUCACUAUUACAGACAAUGUGAAUACACAAUUACUGGGUAGAAGUGCUUCUGGGAUAGAAACCAAUCCCCUACUUGUUUUGACUAUUGUCUAACUAAGGCCUAAGCAGGUUUAACUCAUGCUCAAUGUUAAGCAUACCAUUCUCAAUGUGUGGCUAACUCAGCUUCAAAUAAGUGUAUAUACUUGGUCUGUUCAAGUUAUACAACUAGUUUGAGUUGCAAUAACCUAACAACUUUGUGUAUGUGGGACCCUAUCGAUUCUGUCUGUGUUAAAUAUGAGACCUAUUUAUAUUGUCAUAGAUAUAGCAUAGAGGCAGAUUGCAACGCUGGUACAAAUAGUAGUAACCACGGAUGUCUAUGGAAUUCCACAAGUUCAAAAUGUGAAGAUAGGACAUGUUCUAAUUAUGUUGGUGUUCCUACUAGUCUAGAAGACUGUGAUGAUUGGCUAAAAAAUUGUCAAUUUGAUUCCACUAAUAAUGUGUGUGUGGCUGAUUGUUAAAGUGCCCAAAAAUCAAAAUAGUACGAUACCGUAGAAGAAUGCGAAGAAUAUUAUUAAGAUAAAAUAUGCACUAUUGUUCCAGGGGUCAAGAAAUGCCAAUCAUUAUUCAAUGACUGUUCUUUAUAUUUGAUUGAUUCAAUGUGUUAAGUUGAUAGUGCUUAUAAUCCUUGCUAUUGGAGCACCCAAUAGACUAAAUGCUUUACCUUAAAUACCUGUAUUGUAUUAGAUACAUAUAAUGAUACCCAUUUGAAAUGUAAUGCUCUAUGGAAAAAUUGCACUGUGAAUACUUCCUUAGCAGGAUGCAUCGAAUUAGAUGAUUGUGCUAAUUAUACAAUACAAGAUCAGUGUGUUUUCGACAAAAAUAACAUUGAUUGUUAAUGGUUUCAAAGUAAAUGCUAAAUUAAAAGUUGCUCAACUGCUCCUCUAGUCCUAUACACACCAACAGAUUGCCAAGCAUAUUUUCCAAAAUCAUUGUGCACAAGCAAUAAUAAUUCGGAUGCCUGUUUUGAAGGUCACAAUGUUUGCAAGAAAUACACAAUGGAUGCUUGUAGUCUCCCAGGAUAAAUGAAUAGUGCAGGAAUCCCAUGUUUUUGGGAUUUAGAUUAAUCAAGAUGCAGAGAAAAAGUAUGUAGUAAUGCUCCCUCCAAUUUCGAAACUACUGCAUAAUGCGAGGGUUUCCUUUCAAAUAAACAAUGCUAAAUUAUUGGAUGUAAGUAAAUUGAAUGUGAUGAUUUUCCUUACAGAAAUGAUGAAACUUGUAGAAUUGCUAUGGAGAAUUUCAAAUGUACUACUAAUGGAUAUGAGUGCAUCGACAGAACCUAUUGUGAAGAUGCAACCUUAGAAGAUGCUUGCACUUUUGAUUAUUAAAUGAAUGAAUGCCAAUGGUUUGAUUAUCCAGAUUAUUAGUGUGUCUAAAAAACAUGCAGUACUGCCCCUGUUGAAUUUAAAACUCAUAUCGAAUGUCAAAAUUAUCUCAAAGGAUGUACUAACAAAAUUGAAGGUGGAUGCACCAAUCUAAAAACUUGUCUAGAAAUCAUUACUUAAGAUGGAUGCAAAAUCGAUAUUAAUAAUCAAGAGUGUUUAUGGGAUUCCUUCUUUAAAAAAUGUUUUCCCAACCAUUGUUAGGGAUUUUGUGGAGAUGGCAUGAUUUAACUGCCAUUAGAAGAAUGCGAUGAUGGCAAUUUUCUGCCUUAUGAUGGAUGCUAUGAUUGCAAAAUCCAAUGUCCUCUCGGAUGCAAUGAUUGCAAUGGUAAGAUUUGCCAAAAAUGUAAUGAACUUAAAGGAUAUUAUUAUAACUCAGCCACAUAAUAAUGCUAAACAAAAUGUGGAGAUAAGAUAGUUAAUGGACAAGAAUAUUGUGAUGAUGGAAAUGACAUUGAAUAUGAUGGUUGUUAUGAAUGCUAGUAUUCUUGUGAUAUCUAUUGUGUUAAUUGUUAUCAGGGAGAGUGUAUCGAAUGUCCUAAAGGUUUUAAUCCAAAUGGCCCAUAUUGUUAAAGCAAAUGCGGUGAUGGAAUCUUAAAUCCCAUCUUUGAAGAAUGUGAUGAUGGUAAUAUUAAACCUAAUGAUGGAUGCGAUUCGAAUUGCUUCGUUGAAUCAAAUUGGAAAUGUAAAGUCGUAUCAUCUAUGAGUGAAUGUUACUAUCUUGUUUAUCCUAAAAUCGUUCUUACUUUAUUAACAAAAUAAACGGAAUAGACCUAGGAUGUAAAAGUGAGUUUUUCUGAAAAAGUCAAACUAAAUAGCACUUCAAUUACUCCUGAUGAUUUUCUAAGUUAAAUGCAAAUUCUUUUCACAAACAAAGACUCUGUUGAUUUUUCUUUUAAUAUUGUACCUAUCAAACCAAUCUCCUAUGAAUUAGAUGAUGCCUCUUAUAGAAUUACUCUAACUAUUAAAGAAUAGAUUUUGAAGCCAAAUCUAUAAGUUAUUAUAAAAUCAAUAUAUCUAGUAAAUCAAUUUGAUAAUACCUUAUUUAUAUAACAAGAAGACAUAAUUUUGAAUGACUCAUUUGUAGUAUCUGAAGACUCAAAAUCUGUUGCUGCUAAUGCAGCUUUUUUGAGUUAACUUAUCAUCUACUCAGUUUUAGCUUUGGCAAUAGUUUCCUUUCUUAGUGGAAACUUAGAAAUAUUAUUUAAUUUAAUAGAUGUUUUAUAGCAGCUAUCAUACAUUAGAUACAUAAAUAUCAACUUUCCAUACCAUUUAGAUCUAUAUUUUGAUGUAUUCAACUUUGUUACUUUGCAACCUCUACUUGAUUAUGUUUAAUUUAAUUCUUUUCUUGAAGGUUCAUUGAAUUUGCAAACACCAGAAAUAUUUCCUCCAGGCAAAUUCAACAUGUUUGGAGUGAAUGCGUAUUUUGGAGUUAAUUUUUAAAGUUUCUUAAUUUGCAUGGUUGUAGGUUUUGCUAAUUAUUUCCUUGCCAUACUUAUUACUUAUAUUUUAAAAAAACCCACUUUGGGUUGGGGUGAUACUCCAAGCAAAAUUUCGAGAUACUUUUAUCUUCUAAUCAUGAAGGCUUACCAGUUAGUUUUUUCUACUGCCUUCUCCUAUAUGCAAUACUUUUUCUUUUCAGGAUUGAUUAGAAUUUUCUUAUCAAAUUAUUAUGAUUUAACUUUCUCAGCAUUGUUACAAGUUAUGAAUUUCAACACCGAAUCAACUUUACUAAAGUGGAGCUCCCUUUUAGCAGCUGUAACCUUGUUGAUAAAUGCGUUUUUGAUCUUGAUAUUUUAUGCCUCAUUGUCAAAGAAAAAUGUAUUCUAGAAGAGCCUAUAUGUUUUGGUUGAUGGAUUGAAUAUUGGAAGGAAUAAAUGGAACAAACAAUUUAAUACAGUAACAUUAGUAAAAAAGUUGUGUUUUAUUUACUCAUUAGUCUUACUUCAAGAUAGUCCUAUAUUUCAGACUUUGUUAAUUAGCUUCAUCUCUUCAAUUUUUGCCAUCUAUGUUUUACUAUUAUAACCUUUUGAGCAUCAAUUUGAAAACUAUAAAAUUAUUGUUACUGAAUUUUGUGUCAGUUUCAAUACUUGUUCAUUUUUAGUUUAUUGCUCCAAAGAAAUAUUCUACAAUAGUGAAUUUUCAAACAUGCUUGGAUGGUUAAAUAUUUUUAUGUUUAGUUUAAUCCUAACUUUUAGUUUGGCAUUGGAUUCUUAUUCACAGAUUUUAUAGCUAAAAAGAAUAUUCGACAGGAUGUUAAAACCUAAAGUUUUAAACAACUAAAUAAAAAUUUAAUCAACAAAAUUGUUCACUGUUGUGGGAGAAAACGAAGUAAAUUUUUGA